ACCCACGGUACCUACCAAAACGCUUUCGUAAUUCGUAUAGAAGUAGAACUAUAGAAUAAAAGGAAUUCGGGAGUACUUAAAAUUUAUAUGUUAAUUGAUAUUUUAUUGUAAUCGUCACAGUAAUUUUAAUUUUUGGAUUGGUCUAUGAAAUGACAUUUAUUAAUCUAUAAUACACUUAAUUUAGUUACUUACUAAAAUAAUGCAUCAAAUAGUUAUGAACUAGACAACGUGAACUUGAGUUAUUUACUUUAUUUUUCUACGAAGAAAAAAUCUAUAGCCAAUAUGCCUCCUCAACCAAAGAAAGCGCCCACAAAAGGAGCAAAGCAAGUAGUUGUUGAAAAUGAGGCAACCAUUAACUUUUAUCGCAAUAUGGCUGGAGCAGUAGCACUCCUCUAUUCUGCAAUUAUGUUUGGCUUUUACAAUGAUCAAAUCACAUCUGGACUUGUGUUUCUUAAUGUUAUGGUCAUGAUUGUCUAUGUUGGAUGCUAUCAAAUGAUGAGAUACAUGAGCCAGGCUUUAUAUACUGAUGAAGGUGUGCUUGUUGAUGCAGGCCUCGACCUCAAUAUGGAAGGUGGAAUUGGCGAACAUAUAAAGGACAUUGUCAUUUUGACUUCAAUUACACAUGCAUUAGCAAUAAUAUCAAAUUACUUCUGGUUGCUUCUACUUUUCAUUCCUGUCAGAGGGUUUUGGCUUGUGUGGAAGAAUUUCCUUGGACCUUGGUUCUUCCAGGAAGCCCCCCAAGAUGCUGAAAUGGAUGAGAAGAAACGAAAGAAAAUGGAAAGAAGAAUGCGCCGGCACCAAUAAUAUAUACAUUUGUAAAAAUACUGUUAGCUUAUAAGCAGAACGGUAUGAGUGUGGUUAGAAGGUGAUCUUGUGUCUCUAUUACUUUAUUCCAAUUGAAUGAGUCUUAGAAUUAAUACCAUUAUCAGAAUCUUAAGAAUUGCUAUUCAAAUUUAUACACAAUAUUUGCGUAUUAUAUUUAUAGUACAUAGCACUUGUAAGUCAUAAAUAAAAAGUAACAUAGAAUGUCAGACUACAGAACAAAUCAUCGCCACGCUAAAUUAAGUCUGUGUAAACUUAUUAAUGGUUGACCGCUUACUGUUUACAACUGAUUACAGUUAUCAAUUUUUUAAUAAUCACACCGUUGUGUGUCACAACAUUGUGUUUCACUUGUUAAAAUGCUACCAAUGAAGAAAUUGAAUGGGAUUACAUUUCAUCUGUAAAGAGCACAUUUUCAAUUCCUUCUAUUAAAAUAUUGUUUUUUUUUUGUAAUAAGUCCCUAAAAGCGUUCAUGUAUGGGGUGUUAGGUGUGGGCAGGGAGAUUUUUAUGGCACAAUGCACUGUGUAGAGUUGUGAUUAAAUAUACCUUCUGGUAUGUUCUGUAUUUUGACUGUAAAAUAUUAUAUUAUAUAUAAUAAUAUAUUAUUGAAGACCAUUUUUUUAUUCGCAUUAAAAUGAGAAUAUGGAACGUAAGCAGGCAUUAUUUAUAUGCUUAGUAUAAGUUUACAAAUUAAUAAUUCGGAUUUGGGUUCAUUUAAUGAAUUACUACAGGAUUUUUGUCAAAUAUUUUGUUAUUUCUUUGACAACACAGCAUUUGUCAUUGCUUAUAUAUUACCAUAUUAAAUUUUUCAGUCUUGUAACCAAAGACUUAUUGAACCAGGCGCACUUAUAAUUACAAUCACGUAAAUUACAUAUCAUAUUAUUAGGAAAUUGUUGAAAGUUAUGGUACCAGCAUGCAUAUGGAUUACCAUUACCUACGUUUAAAAACUACUCUGUGGGAAAUAAGUCAAAGCUGUCACUUACUUCACGUUACGUUCACUCACCUAGUGCCGAGGUGACAUUGACAGGAACGAAAUAAUCAUAAUAUUGACAAGAAUCACUAGUGUAGUGUGCUCAAUUUUAGUCUUUAAUACAAUUUUCAAAAAUAUUAAUAUUGUAGGUACUUGAACAAAUAGUUGUUCAAAUGAGUGCUUAACAUAUCAUAGUAAUUUUGUAGUUCUUUUAUUUAAAUAUGAAUAUAAUAUAUGUAUAAAAAAGUACUUCAGUAGUAGUUAUUGUACCAAAUUAUUACUAUAAUAAUAUGAGGUGGAAUAGAAAGAUAGGUGUAAAAUACAAUGUUUUUCCUUUAUAUACAAUAAUUGAUUAUUUGUUCUUGUUUUGUCCAUUUUGUUCUUGGGACUGGGAAUUUUUAGGAAAUCGGAUGUUAAAAAUAUGCAUUAAUUUUUUUUUUAUUUUUACAUUGAAGAAGUUUUCGGCGGAACAUUUUUUCAAAUAUUAUAUUUUCCCGUA